ACUACAACAAGAAUAAAAUUUUGCAGCGAUUUUACGAAAAAUAUUGUCAAAUGAGUCGAACUCCGCUCGAUACUUGGUCAAAACGGGAGCAACUGUGCCUGGCAUCGGCUGUAUCUUGCAGUGGUGAUCAGAACUGGAUAACAGUAAGUCGCACACUGAAAUCUGUCUGCGGCAAUGGAAACACACGACCGGCAGAUUGGUAUUCGCAGAAGAACUGUGCUGUGCAGUAUGGACAUCUAUUGGAGACCGUGGAGACGACCAAACGCAAGAAGCGUACGAAUGAAAGCAGCGCUGGUUUCUCUUCACCCGCGACUGUGGCAGUGGAAACGCCAACUGAAAUAUUGUUGCGCCGAUUGACUGAGGAGCGCUUGCUAGAGAUUAAAGCACAGAUGCGGCGAGAUCAGGAGCUAUAUAGCCAGGUGCAGCGCGAAAUCGAGUCUCUGCAAUCGGACAUGAUGAGCGAGCUGCAGUUGCAGCAAAUGUGGCAGGAGAUCGAGAAGGAGCAGGAGACAAAGCGCAUUGAUGAAAUGAAGCUGGAGAAUCGGAUGCGAGAGCGUGAGCAGCGCAAAAAAGAUGUUGCAGGCAAUUGGCGCAACAACAACAGCAACAAUGCCAAUGGGAGGCGUUCCAACAUGACAGCAGACACAACAUCCGUGGACAUGGAUGUGGAAGACAUUGCCGGCAUUACCGCCGCCAGUGGCAACAACAAACACCAGGCGGCUCCUGCACCUCUGCUGACAUCGUUGCUUAAAUCGCCCGGCAGCGGUGGUGGCAACAAUGCUAACAGUGUAACCUCGCCGACAGCAACAACACCCACUACGCCCGGCAUUGGCAGUGUGGCACGGGCGACAGCACCGACGAUAACGUCACUGUUGACCAGCGGUGCAGGCGCUAUACCCAAUCAGCCAGCGAUCGUUAUGAAAAGUCCCAGCGACACGGCAUUUAUGACGCGACCCAUAAGCGGACCUCCAUUGCCUGAGGUAGCCACAACUGGACGCAGUCCAUCACAAGCCGCUCCAACGCUUUCCAUGCUGCUGGAGAAGAACAAAAUGGCAGCAGCAGUUGGCAAAGCAAAUGAAUCCACAAGAACUACGGAUACAGAGAUUAGUCCAAGUCAAAAGCAGCCAGCCGCAGAGUUGGAGCCAACGUCUGCAGAGACUGCAGAUGCUGUAGAUGAGUCCGAUGCAGAGGAGCAGCAGCUUCUUGAGGUAUUCAAGAAUAUGGAUGACAUUAUGGACGACAUUGACAUUGACAUGGCCAGCGUGAUUGAUGAGGAGAUAUUAAAAGAUGUUAGCAAUGUCGACUCACCGCCGUCCACGUCGAACAAAACAGAGGUAGUCGACUUUGAGGACAAGCUAGACGCUCUCAAGCGUGAGCAAGGUGAAAGUCGAAAGUCUAGCAAAUCCCCAACGGUACCGAAAGCGCCUGAAGUGGUCAUUGGCUCUAGUGAUGAUUCCAAUGACAAUAUACCACUGGCCACAGUUGCUUCGCAGGAAAGCAAAGAUCGCAGCCAGCCCACAGCCGACAACAUAACCACAGCGACAGCUCCAAUGACCCAUGAAGAGGUCAUGGAUGAGCUGAGCGAGACCAUAACAAUAGGCAGUAGUUCUAGUGAGGAUAAUCCACAAGAAAUCCAUUCAGACAUGGUCGGCGUUAAAGUGGAACCAGUUGAAGCAAUCAAGUCUCCUAUGUCGGAGACCGCAAAACAACCGGAGGUUAGCAAUCCGAACCCAGAUGCAGACGCCAACACGGAUAAACAAGAAACUGUGGCCGAAGCUCCCAAAGAAGAUACUACUAGGGCACGAACCACAGAGACGGAUAAAGCAGCAACUGAGCCAAUCACGGAGCAGAGAACGUUAAAUGCUCCAGCAGCUGGCAGUUCAGUGCAUGACACAGACGAAGAAUCUUCUUCAGUAACAGACAGCAUUAAACCAGAUGAACCAGGACGCGGCACAAAGCCAAAGCAACAGUCUGAGCACAAGUCGGAAGCUGAUUCGGGAACAGUUCCGCGACAGACACCAACCAGCAGCUCUAAUUUAACUCCAGCUCCGGCGCCGGUUGCGGCACGUGCGCCGCUGCUGCGUAAGCUGCCACAUCGCGAUCGUUCCGAGAGUCCCAUGGUGGAUGAUGACACAACGACGGCUAGUGAUCAUUCGACAGCUAGAUCCAGUACACGGCGGCGUUGUUCAUCCACCCCAGUGAUUGACAGCAUACCCAAUUCGCCAGCAUCCAGCGAGCACACGGAUGAUCGACGGGAAACUCGUGCCGCCUCCAAAAAGCUCUUCUUGAGCAUAUAUAGUACGCUGCUGGAAAGCAAAUAUGCUGCACCCUUUCGCCGACCCUUUCACGACGAACACUCCCAUGCAGACUUGUGCCUGCGUCCGAUGGACUUGCCCACAAUUAAGCGCAACAUUGACUCGGGUCAUCUGCGCAACAUCAGUGAGCUUUAUCGGGAUGUGCUGCUGAUGUGCCACAAUCUGCUGCUGGUUUACAAACCACAGUCAACGCCACACAAGACGGCUCGUCUGUUUCUGCAGGAGUGUCAGGCUGUAAAGGAGUUUGCCACCAUUCCCCACUCCCAAUCCGAUAACAGCACCAGCACAACCAAUGUCAGCGGCAAGACGGAGAAAGAGAGGACACCUGCUGGCAAUAAAGCGCGCAGUGGCUCACGGAAGAGCCAAAGACAUCAUUAAAAUAAAUAUAACUUGCUGACCGCUUCAAACUCUUGCGGUUAACCAAAUCACAAAUUUUUAUAAUUAAUAAAGCUAUACACAAAUGUAACUGGUUCAACAUUACAACAAACUAUAA